GAAGUAUUUAAAGAAUAUAAAAGUUGUAAAUAAAACUUAGUUUGAAAAAGUUUUGUUUUGCUAUUGUGCCUCAGUGCAAAUUCUUUUGUCAAAUCGAUAAAGUUUAAAUAAUAGGGAACGUUAUAACGAACAAAAAAAAUAAUAGUCUGAAUUUGUUUUGACGUUUUCGAAAUUUGAUAGGUAGACAAAGAAGGUCUUUCAAGAAUGCGUCAAAAAUAAAAGAUAAAGAAAGCAAGGUAGGGCUGGACAAUAGCAACAUCAACAACAACAACAACAAAAAUAACAAUAGCGAGUUUAACGCAGCUUAAUGCGCAGUAUUUUUCUUACAAAACGUUGUUUAACUAUCUUUAUAUGCAUGUUUGUCCAGAUUUAUUCACUAAAUUGUGUGCUUGCAUUCUGAUUCGUUAUUCAUUAUUAUGCCUAUACUUAACUACUUGUCAGACACUCCAGGAAGAAGUGAGAAAUGCGUCACAAGUAGCUAAAUCAAAGACAUUGUUGUCUUAAGAAAGUCAAGUAGCUACAUUGUAAAGAAGAGAUCUCUUACGUUGUAAUGUUUGUUAAAUUAACAGAGUUCAGUGGCAAGUUGUAACGUAUGAGAAGUCACUUUUGAUAUCACUUAAGCAGGCUCUCACAGAGACAUAACAAUCUAGUUUUGUUAGUGACCACAAAAAUGAAUAAAAAAUGUAUGUAAAAGCAAAGUUUGUUGUUAGAAAUUUUAUCUUUAAGUGGUACACGAAGAAUUUUUCAGCUUUAAAAUUUUUAAAGAUUCGUUCAAAUACUUUUUUUUUCAUGGCCACAAAAAUAGUAAUCCGCAAUUUUAUGCAAAACUAGAAAAAGAAACAAUUGACUAGAAAACUAGAUUUUCCACAUAUUUGACUUUAGAACACUUAAAUCAAAAAAUAGAUCUACGGAUAAACAGAGCAGGGAAAAUAUUUCAUUGGUUGACAGAAAAUUGCUUAUUCUGUCCAUGUGGCGCAGGGGAAGAAAAUGUUAUGUGGUGAAAUUGUAUUGUGUAUUAAUUUAUCUUGUCCAGUGAGAAGUUUUCUUCCCGCUCAACCCAGAUCUCGAUUCCAAGGGAAGGAGGGAGAAAUAGACUUUUUCGCGGUAAUUUGUUAAUAAACCGACAUCUCGGCCGGAAAACUUUCCUCGUAUACCGUAGUUUCUGAUUCACGUCCCCGGAGUUCUUUGAGAUAAACGUUUACCUCAAAGAGCUCUAGGGACGAGUUGGUAAUUUCUUGUAUACUGAGGAAUUUUCUUUCAAAACGACACAGCUCUCAUGUGUUCAACUAUUUUAAAUUGGUUUUUUUUUGUCAUUAAAAUUGUUACACGAUAAGAUCCCAUCAUUUUAUUUUUUUAUUCGUGUCUCAGAGAAGUAUUCUCUAUCAAUGGUGAUCAUCUGGGAUUUUGGUCAACACAAUUUAAUUUUCUCAGUUAAUUUACUAAAUUAAAAAAACAGCUUCAGUAUAAUCUUGUUGACUUAAAAAGAAACGACAGUAUAUCUUAAUAUAAACAAAAAAUGACAAAAAUUAACUGUCAGAUAAAAAGCUCACAGCAAAUUGAUAAAGAACUCAGACGUGGAGAACAACUAAGAAAGAAAGACAUACUGAGAAGAUAUAAUCAAAUAAAAUUCAUGAAGGAUUUAACAACACCAGACAUGGUGGUCAAAGAAGAAGAUGUGGAAACGUUCGAAUAUAAUCCUAUCAGUUACCUACAAUUUAACCUCGACAUCAACAUCGAUGCUCAACACCAUUUUAAGUCAAAGAAGAAACGACAAAGCUCGAAUUCAAAAUCAAAAGGUUACCCCAACAUUAGUUUCUUAAAUGGUGUUAAUCAAAGAAACAAGGAACUAAACGGUCGUGCACGAUCCAAAACGUUAGUUGAACGUGUCGAGGUCGUUGGCGAACGUUUAAAGAACGCUGUAUAUAGAACACCUAGUUUGGAGAUCCUACCAUUUAGACAUAAGAAACAAGAGAAACAUUCGGAAGAACAUCGAGAAAAUGCCGACAAAUUGGUGCCAGGAUUAAAAGUUAAUGAUUCAAGAAAACAAAGUCUUGGAAUUAAAAACGAUCAGCGUUCAAGGAGUUGUAGCGACUUUCAAGAGUUAAACACAUUGAAAAAUCAUAAAAAGGUGACGAAGACUCGUAGCUGCGAAGCAAACAAAAAAAAAGUUAAGUCCGGUCGAACGAGUGGCUAUUCCACACCUUUAACAACACCAUGGUUUACUUCUAAAAACAAACCAACGAUAACUGUCAAUUUAGCUGACGAUAACGAGUCUGUAAAACGCGAUUACAAUUCUAACACACUAAAAUACAGAAGUAUAUCCGCUCAAAAUGUUACUGCGAGCACAGCAAGCUUGCAUUCCUUUAGAUCGGAUUACGGUACUGAUAGCGAAAACGAACAUACUUUUUCAGACUCUUCAUCUGUAUUUACGAGCGAUAAUUCUUAUUAUUGCACCAGCAUUGAGAUUCUCGUUGGACAAAAUAAACACACCGAAGAAAAUUCUUUCAGAAGUAUAAAAAAAAGUGGUAGACCAGAAAUAUUUGAGAAAAUUACUACACUAAGUACAACAACUGACAGUCCAUGUAGUCCAACGCGAAAUGAAGUCUUCGUGAGCACUCCUAACCUAAAUGAUUACACGACAGAGGGGAGUAACACAGACCGCAAUAACUUCCUUAGUCCGACCUCGAACAACUCGUCACCAAUAUUUUCAUUUAAAAAAGAACUAACGUUAAAGGAAAGACCAAAGAGUUUAUUUGACUUAAGAAAAUCAAGAUCCAGUUCAUACAAUUCAGUAGAUACUCAAAUAAUAGACGAUUCUUUAUCUCUGUCUGAAAACAAUAUCUGUGACAGCGAGAGAGGGCAGCGACGGGAAAGAACAAAGACACUACCUGUAUUGAGUACGAAUACAAAAAGAAAACAAUCCGUAUUUUCAAAAUUGUUUAAAAAACGGUCAAAGAGUUUACCUAAAAACAUUACGCCAGGCGUGUUAUCACUGACGCCUGAUUGCUCAAAAAGACGCGUUAUGAUCGAAUCAAUUGUCUAAUUUGUAAAUUUAAAAUGUUUAUUAAAAAUUUUGAAUAAAUUAUAUUAGUUUAAGAAUUGUAAUCCAAUGAAAUUUUAGUUGUACAUUCCUUGUUGAAAAAUCUUAGAUCGUAUUUCGCUUAA